AUGCUCAGCGCAGGCAUGGCGAAGCAAGCAGUGCUAGCUCUGUGCCUGGCGGCGCUGGUGUUGACAGCGAGCGCCGACGACCCGUUCAAUUCGUCGAACAACAAGCCGGUGAACGCGGAGAAGGAGAAGGCGGAGGGCCCUUACGGGACCGUCUCAGAUGUGAGCCCUGCCAUCGUGAAGCAAGCUACGGCGGGCGACGCGACGGGUGUUACCGUGGUGUCGACGGCAACCGACUCGAUGCUGUUCGCGGACGCUAAGACGGCCGGGUGGAACAAGAUGGAGUGCCACGCGGAGCUGAAGCCUCACGCCGGCGCGUGCACGCCCGCCAACUGCAGCAAGGGCGGCAUUCCCGCCAAGUGGAAGACGUCGAACCUGCUCAAGAACAAGAUCGGUGUGGAGGUGUACGUGAAGGGUAACCCGCUGACGGUUAAGAAGGCGUCCCCUCAGACGUGCUGCAACACGUGCGCGUCGACCAAGGGGUGCACGUACUGGCAGUACAUUCCCGACAUCACGCUCGACAAAAAGAAGACCGACGGCGCGUGCUUUAUGGUGAAGGACGAUAUCGACUACACGUGCGGCGAGAUCAUCGCGCAAUACGCGACGGAGACGAAGCCCCUCCACCUGCAGGUGCGCACGGGCGGCGAGUGCAAUACGGCGUCGGAGAUCGUCAACGACCCGCAUCUGGUGGGCGCGUACGGCACGCACUUCGACUUCAACGGCCGCCCCGACGCCGCAUUCUGCCUGCUGACGGACCGCGAGCUGCACGUGAACAUGCUGCUGCGCGGGUACUACAGCGACGACACUGAGAACGCGGCGCUGGUUGUGGACGGCAAGGCCGUGCACACGUGGAUCAAGGAGCUGGGCAUCGUGUGGCUCGCCGACGGCGUGGAUCACAAGAUCCGGCUCGCGGCGCGCAGCGGCAAGCAGCAGGAGCGCGGGUCGGGGUUCAUGAAGGCGAUCGAGAUCGACGGCGAGGCGAUUCCGCGCAUGCGCGUGGGCGACGUGGUGACGUCAGUGGGCGGGCUGACGCUGACGUUCAAGGCGCUGGAGAAGGAGGGCCCGUAUGACGUGGACUACUACACGCUGGACAUCGAGGGGCUGGUGACGCUCGACAUGCGGCUGCGCGUGGCGAACCCGAAGCUGCAGACGCCGACCGAGGCGGAGGCGCACAUCAACGUGGGCAUUGUGGAGCUGUCGCACACGGACGAGAUCCAUGGCAUGCUGGGCCAGACGUACCGCGAGGACCACGCGCAGAGGGCCGCGGACUUCCAGAAGAUGAUCGCGUCGCUGCACCGCCCCAUCUCCGCCGACGGCGCUGAGGGCGAGGGCUUCCUCGACGGCAACUCGCGGUCGUAUGAGACGAGCUCCGUCCUCGCUGUUGACUGCUCCCACACCACUUACCGCCACGCCAAGAAGCUCAGCCCUGUUGAGUACCCAGUUGACCCAAGCCUUCAAGCGGCAUGCCGCGACGAACAAGCACCAGUUGGCCAUCAAUCACCAGAAGCAGAUGCUAGCUCAGGCUGGGAUGCGCGGCUGUCGGACCUCAUGUGCAUGGCAUUGCUGCCGUACGAGCCCGACUGGGCGGAGGUGGUGAAGAUCUGGAGGGCGUACAAGAAGCGCAAGCCCAUCACAACAGUGGCAGCACCAAAGAAGCAACCUAGUGCUAAGGAGAAAGAGAAGGUGGACGAGGAUGAUUCUGGUGGUGCUGGCUCUGGGUGGGGGACAGAGACCCCCGUGCACAGGCACGGUUCUAUGAGCGAUGGUGGUGGUAGUGACGAAGAUGAAGACAUGUGUGUGAUGUGA